GCGGUUUGCAGUGAGUCUAGCACGUUGAGCUGAAGGCUCUGGCGAGUACCGAGACGCCGGGCUUGGUGUCUAGCUGAGGGUGUGGUGGGAUUCCUCAGUCAGGUCAGGUCUGGGUUCUUGGGGGAUGGAUCGUGUGUGGACUGCGUGGUGCGGGAAGGGCGUCAAAGAGAAAAAUUUGUCGCCCCUCUGGGCCCAGCGCAUCGUAGUCGCCUGGCUCAGUAAGGCAGAGUGGGAUCAGGUGACAGUGUACCUGUUCUGUGAUGACCAUAAAUUGCAGCGGUACGCGCUGAACCGCAUCACAGCGUGGAGGAGCAGGUUAGGCAACGAACUGCCUCUGGCAGUGGCUUCUACUGCUGACCUCGUACGCUGUAAGCUCUUGGAUGUAACUGGUGGCUUGGGCACUGAUGAACUUAGACUGCUCUAUGGCAUGGCAUUGGUCAGGUUUGUGAAUCUUAUCUCGGAGAGGAAGACAAAGUCUGCCAGGCUCCCCCUCAAGUGCCUGGCUCAGGAGGUGAACAUUCCAGAUUGGAUUGUUGAACUUCGCCAUCAGCUGACCCACAAGAAAAUGCCUCAUAUAAAUGACUGCCGUAGAGGUUGCUAUUUUGUCCUGCAAUGGCUCCAGAAGACCUACUGGUGCCGCCAACUGGAGAACAGCCUGAGAGAGGCAUGGGAGUUGGAGGAGGACAAGGAAGAGGCAGAUGAAGACUGCCAGGAGGAAUCCAAGAGCACUCUUGAGAGCAUCGCAGACCAGAAACCAAAGCCUGAGGAUGAGAAGACAGGUGCAGAGCUGGAUGUCAGGGCUGGUGGAGACAGCCAAGGCGACAAAGAGAUAGAUGCGCAUUUGGAAAAGGCUCGGAGACAUAAAGAGCUGUAUGAAAGAGCCCGAGAACUGCUGAUAUCGUAUGAAGAGGAGCAGUUUAAGGUGCUGGAAAAAUUUAGGUUCUUACCUCAGGCCAUUAAGGUGUGGAAUCAGCUGCCUCCACCUAUAGACUGCAUCUUGGCAGACCUCAAGGGCAUUACAUGGGAGAACAGGGGCGUUGUGCUGGAUGCUUUCCUGGAUGAUGGCUUCCUCAUCCCCACAUUUGAGCAGUUGGCAGCUUUGCAGAUAGAGUAUGAAGAAAACAUGGACUUUGAUGAUAUCGUGGUACCAAAGCCAUUCUCUCAGUUCUGGCAGCCCCUGAUCAGGGGCCUGCACUCCGAGGCCUUCACGCACGCCCUGCUGGAGAAGAUGUUGUCUGAGCUGUCAGCCUUGGGGAGCAAUGGGAUCCGGGCCACCUACAUCCUGAGAUGGACCGUUGAACUGAUCGUGGCCAACACCAAGGCUGAGGCGACUACACUGAGCUGGAGGCAAAGCGCUUCCACAGGACGGAAUGCCCGCCGGUUUUCUGCUGUCCAGUGGGAAGCAAGGAAAAGCUGGAGGCUCUUCAACUGCUCUGCCUCCCUGGACUGGCCCCGGUUGGUUGAGUCCUGCUUGGCCUCACCCUGCUGGGCCAGCCCCCAUCUCCUUCAGCUCAUCUUCAAAGCCAUGGGGCAGGUCCUGCCAGAUGAGGAGCAGAAGAAGCUGCUGAGCAUCUGUUCCAUCUAUACCCAGAAUGGUAAAAACAGCCUGGUGCAGGAGGGCGCAGAGGCCUUCCCUGUUGUGAAGUCUGCGUACACACUGGACAGCCUGUAUUGGAGCCUCAAACCAGCUGCCUCCUUCUGCGGGCCUGCAGGAGCAGACCAGCAGCAGGAGGAGGAGGGCAACCUUAACAACGUCCAGGAACAUGAAGAGGAGGACGAGGAGGAGGAGAAGGAGGUCAUGGAAGACCAGGUAGAAGAGGAGGAAGAGGAGAAUGCUGACCAAGGGAAGUGGGAGGAAGAGGAAGAUGAAGAUGAUGAAGAUGAUGAAGACGAGGACGAUGAGGAGGAGGAUGACAGGAUGGAGGUGGGCAUUCUCUCCCUGGUGGAGUCGUCCCCCAGUGCCGAGAGUGCCAGGGCCCUGGCCCAGAAAAGAGAAGCUUUGCAGGGCUCUCCGUGGCAAGUGAGCUCAGAAGACGUGCGGUGGAUCAACUUCCCCAUAGGCCUCAUGCCGGGUCAGACCGAGGACCCAGCGGAGCUUAUGGUGGAGAAUUAUGAGACCAUGUAUCUUUUGGACCAGCCUGUGCUAGAGCAGCGGCUGGAACCUCCAACAGGCAAGAUGGGCACCCUGGCCCUUACCUGUGGCAUCGGCAGUGGCAACUGUAGCAACGGCAGCAACGACCUGGAGGGCCUUCUCUGGAGCCAGGGCCAGCUGCACGGGCUCAAAACUGGUCUGCAGCUCUUCUGAUGUCCACCUUAGUCCCCCCUUCUGUUGCACCUGAUGUUCCCCGAAACCUCCCUGGAGCUAACUGUUGUCAGCCACGUCAGUUCAGUGUUCACCCCAAUGUUAUUUGGAUUGGUUUUGUUUGUUUUUUUUUUGUUGUUGGAAAUACAAUAAACAGGCAAUUGUU